AUGACAAGAUAUCGGUUUGUCGGUCCGAAAAACGCAUCCCGCAUGCUGUGCGAUCCACCCCGGUCGGGUACUCACCACCGUCGUCGCGCACUGGUCGAUCGGCCGUUCCCGCGAUCCGUUGAUCCGCGAAACUUGCUCGAACUCACGUGGCCGGGCGGCGAUAUCCUCAUGUCGUCCGGUCAUCGCGCGAACCGCGGCAGCAAAGUGACUGACGACAACGUGGCACGUGCGUUUGCCGAGACGUCCGCGAAAGCGACGCGACAUUCGGGCGGACGAUGGGUUAUAAAUAAAUAUUUUAUUGAAUUUUCCGAAGCGGAAUAG